CUUUUUUUUCGCGGGAAGUUCCUCUGUUUAGCCUCGCAUCUGGGCAUAGCUGUAAGCCAUAUCAGGGAAUUUAAGUGAGCACAGAAGCUACAUUUUCUGAAUAAGCCAUGGAUGUCAAAGGAAAGGACGAAAUAGUGCAACUCAACGGAAAUCACAGUGAAUGCCUGACAAAGAAGAGACAGGACUACCUGGAGUGGCCUGAGUAUUUCAUGGCUGUUGCCUUUUUAUCAGCACAAAGAAGCAAGGACCCCAAUUCUCAGGUUGGCGCCUGUAUCGUGAAUCAAGAGAACAAGAUAGUGGGUAUUGGCUACAAUGGCAUGCCCAAUGGUUGUGACGAUGACCUGCUACCCUGGUCUCGCAGUGCUGAUAACAAGCUGGACACCAAAUACCCCUAUGUGUGCCAUGCAGAGCUGAACGCCAUCAUGAAUAAGAACUCUGCAGAUGUCAAAGGUUGCAGCAUUUAUGUAGCGCUCUUCCCAUGCAACGAGUGUGCAAAACUCAUUAUUCAAGCAGGUAUAAAGGAUGUGAUCUAUUUGUCAGACAAAUACCAUGACAGUCCAGAAAUGACUGCCUCCAGACGGCUGCUCAACUUGGCGGGCGUCACGUACAAGCAAUUCAAGCCAAAGCAAGGCCGUAUUGUCAUUGAUUUUAAUUCAAUCAACCACUCUGACUUGAAAAGCUCCAAUGGUUUUGCGAAUGUGCAGUCACCAUAGAAUGAAGAACUUUGAUUAUGACACUCAGAAUGAAUAAAACAUUGUUUUAUUUUUC